CUUGGCGCUGCUUAAAGCUUAAUUCUAUUUAUGAUGAAUGCUGUGAACCUGUGAUAAAUAUUUUAGAAUAUACCUAAUAUCAUUUUUAUUUAUUAUUUUGAAGAAAUGUUUUUAGUAAGAAUAUUUAGUGUAGAUUUUUAUAUGAGUGCACCAAUUGAAGGAUGUGAUCCUCUGCAUUCAGAUUUUCGAGGGACUACUAUCAACAAUGUACCUGUUAUUAGAAUUUUUGGUUCUACAGAAACAGGAAUUAAAACUUGUUUGCAUAUACAUGGUGUCUUUCCAUAUCUCUACGUACCAUUUGAUGGUUCGGAAGAUGCGGAUUCUGUUAUGUAUCAAAUAGCUAAUAAAAUUGAUCAAGCAAUCAAUAUUUCCUCAGGGCAUUCAUCUUCAUCCAAUCAACAUGUUUAUAAAAUUAUAUUAGUUUCUGGCAGGCCGUUUUAUGGGUACCAUCCUCGAGAUCAUCUUUUUUUGAAGAUAUAUUUUUAUAACCCUUUAAUAAUGAGGAAGGCGUGUAAUUUAUUGCAAAACGGUAACGUUUUUGAAAAAGUAUACCAGUUGCAUGAGGCUCACAUACCUUUUAUUCUUCAAUUCAUGAUUGAUUAUAAUUUACAUGGAAUGAAUUUUAUAUCUCUAUCAGAAGUGCGAUAUCGUAAUAAUCCUGACCUUCCACAAGUUAAUAUUCCAAAAGAUUUGUUGUUGCCAACUAAUGUUGCGAAGUGCAGCACCUCACAUACGGAAGUAGAUGGAUUGGCAGAAAAUAUAAUCAAUAGACUUGAAAUAAUAGAAAGUAAAACAUGUAAGAAUCCCGGUAUCGAAGCAUUGUGGGAAGAUGAGAAGCAAAGGAAACGAAAUCAAAAUGACAGCUCACAACUAUCUCCUUGCCUUUCACAAAAUAGAAUGGACAUUCCUCCUACCGAUUCCCAUAAUUUUUAUAAAACUGCUUUAAACCACCGGUUAUAUUCCAACGAGGUGAACUCUAAAGUUAAUCAAGAUUUGUCUGUUUACCCUAUUGAAGCACCCAAAUCGCAUAAGAUUAUUAGCGCAUCAUUUGUAGAUCAUCACUCAGGUAGUUCAGGUUUGCAUUCCUCAAACUCUUUGCCGAUACCUAGUCACAGCUCUGACGAGUAUAGCUUUUUUGAUAGUACAGUAUUAGAUAGCUUUAAUGACACUCAGUCGCACAAUUUAUUAAAUAUACUACACGAUUUGGCAAAAGAUGACGGUGUGGAAGAAGAUAGCAUAUUAUCUCAAACAAUUAAACCAUCUCCUGAAAGUGAAGAUGAAGACCAUGAGAAUGAUAUGGUCAUGCCAUUAGUGACUACUCCAUUUAAAAAUGAAGAGGAUGGUGCCUGUCAGCCUGGUAUGUGGAACGCUGAGUCUGUUCAUGGAGAUACAUUGGACCAAGGUGAUCACUGCAUCAUCAAUGAUGAGAGGGUUAAUCAUCUUCAUUCAUCGCAUGAGGAUGAUGCUGUUGUCCCUAUGGAAAAUAAUGUCAACCUGCAAAACAGUUAUUUAUCUGAGCAGGUUAAACGUAAAUUACAUUUUAUGGAAAUGGAAGGUUGUGCACCGAGUUCACCUAGUUCCUCCCAUAAUUUGAUGGUUACACGUGACCAUCAGGAUCCCGACAAAAUUGAAGUGUCAGAGAAACAGAAUUCAAUUGACAGAUCACAGCAAGAAAUUUGGGAGGGGAAUAGAAAAAUUCAUCCUCCGGUUAUUGAUGAUGCUAACCUAUCAUCUUCUUUUUUACGUCAAUCAUUAAAGAAUUCAUCCGUAUACCAAAAAAAAGAAGAUGCACAUUAUAGUCCCAAUCAUAACAUGGUCAAGAACGCGGAUCUGUUCACUCCAUAUUCACGGCGUUCCAGUAAUUUGUCUGAAAAAUUUACUUCAGGUUUUGAUCUAGAAAAUAACGAAGAUACAGGCAAACUUACUUCCACACAAAAUUUGAGUAAACCCCAGGCACUAAUUAAUACAAAUGGGAGUCAGUUAGGAAUGUCAGAUUAUUACGUUUUGAUUCCCAAAUUUAAUCCACCUUCUAGAGAUGUAAUUACUAAGACAAUGAGUGAUUAUGAUAUUCCUAUGGAAACUUUUACACGCCCGUUUUGUAGUAAUUCGGAAGAUGCGAUUAGCGAAUUUCAGAUAGGACAUAAGAAAUUGAAAAUUGGUACGUUAUGUGAUGUGGUGGAAUUCGAAAACACAGUAGCUACUCUUAGUUUGCAGCAGUUAAUGAAAGAUAAAAUUCAAAAACUACAUCCUGACUCUGAAAUUUUGCCUAAGCAACUAUCUUCGAUCAAACUGUCAUUUUGCAAUACUAACGAAUGCCUAUUAACCACAUUUAAAUUACCACCUACAGCGCAAGAAGUUAGAUUGUGGAUUGAACAACAAAAUGUGGAGGGUAUAAAAGUUGCAGCUACUAAGAAAGCAAAACAGAAAAUUCUAAUUCCAUGUAAUCCCAAUGCAGCUGAUAGCGAUGACUCUUUAAUGAGCAUGACGCCUUGUAGUCCCAUUUCAAAUUCAUUUCUAGUUGAUGAUAGCAAAACUCCAACGUCAUCAAACUGUACUCCAAAAUCGUCAAACUGCACUCAAAGGUCAAGAAAUAUAAAGAAACGUUCGAGAACCUUGUCAAAACGGGGACGAAAAUUGAAGAAAGAAUUUACUACAAACGAUUCUGAAUUAUCGUUAAGAAAGACUUUGGCACAGUCUCAGUUAUUAAAUAAUCUGACCAGUUCCGGAAAUAAUGUCGACUCAUCUCAUAUAACAGGCGCGACUCCAAAUAAUACGCAUUGCUUUAAAGCGUCUUUAGAAAAUCUCCAAAAAGCAAGAGCAGUUGUUGAUCACCAGUAUUUAACAAUUUUGGUAAUGGAAUUGCAUAUUAAAACUCGAUUGGAUUUGAAACCUGAUCCAGAAUUUGAUUCAAUAAGGGCGAUUGUUUAUGCAGUUCGGAAUGAUGAUCCAGAUAAUUGUGCUGACAGUAUUGGUGUUAUUGCUGUUUUGCCUGAUGGAAAUUCCGAGAACUUUAAACGAUCUGUGCAGGAAAAUAAUUUUAACAGUUACGUAACAUUUGUAGACACAGAACUGAACUUAAUUGCAGAAUUUGUUUGUUUAGUGAGGAAAUUGGAUCCAGAUGUAGUUGCAGGUUAUGAAUUACAGAUGUUGUCAUGGGGAUACCUUCUGGAAAGGGGUACGUUUUUACACAUUAAUUUACAUCGUCAACUUUCUCGGGUAGAAGUAAAGUUUUCAUCCACUGCCAAUGAUGAUUCAGAAAAUGAGUUGAAAUUAGAUGGUAGAAUCGUAUUGGAUGUGUGGAGGCUAAUGAGACACGAAAUUGCAUUACAAAGUUAUUCUUUUGAAAACAUUGUAUAUCACAUGUUGCACAAGCGCAUACCGAUGUAUACUUUCAAAGACUUGUCUGGUUGGUGGGAAGACAGCAAUAAUAUUGAUCGCCACAAAACUGUUAAUUAUUAUUUGCGUCGUGUAACAGGCAUUGUGGAGCUAUUUGACCGUUUAGAUUUAAUUGGGAGAACUAGUGAACUUGCUCGCCUUUUUGGAAUACAGUUUUAUGAAGUGUUAUCGAGAGGAUCGCAAUUUCGAGUAGAAUCAAUGAUGCUGAGAUUAGCAAAGCCCCUCAAUUAUGUUGCGGUUUCCCCUAGUGUUCAACAGAGGGCAAAAAUGAAGGCGCCUGAAUACCUUCCUUUAAUUUUGGAACCCGAUUCACAAAUGUACGUAGAUCCAGUGAUUGUAUUUGAUUUCCAGAGUCUUUACCCUUCUAUGAUAAUUGCGUACAAUUACUGUUUUUCCACCUGCUUGGGUAGAGUAGAAAGUUUAGGCCUAGACACACCAUUCGAAUUUGGGGCUACUCAUUUGAAAGUAUCUCCUAGGCUUCUUAAAAAAUUGCUUCAGAGAGAUCUUAUAACAUUUUCGCCAUGUGGGGUUGCUUAUGUAAAACCGAAAGUUAGGGAAGGUAUCUUGCCUAGAAUGUUAUCUGAAAUCUUGGAUACACGAUUAAUGGUAAAGAAAUCAAUGAAGCUAAGUAAGGAAGAUAAAGUAUUGCAACGUGUUCUCCAUUCACGCCAACUGGGUUUGAAAUUGAUCGCUAAUGUUACAUAUGGAUAUACAGCUGCGAAUUUUAGUGGUCGCAUGCCUGCAGUUGAACUGGCCGAUAGUGUGGUUAGUAAAGGUCGCGAAACAUUAAUGAGAGCCAUUAAAUUAAUAGAAUGUAAUACAACGUGGGGCGCCAAAGUGGUCUACGGUGAUACUGACUCCAUCUUUGUACUGAUAGCCGGUAAGAGUAGAGAUGCUGCUUUCAAAAUUGGAGAAGAGAUUGCUGAGGAAGUCACAAAUGACAAUCCAAGUCCUGUACGACUAAAACUGGAAAAGAUAUUCCAACCUUGCAUUUUACAGACUAAGAAACGUUACGUCGGGUAUAUGUAUGAGUCAAACGACCAGACAGAACCGGAAUUUUGUGCAAAGGGAAUAGAAACUGUCCGCAGAGAUGGAUGCCCUGCAGUUUCUAAGAUGUUGGAGAAAUCACUAAAGAUAUUAUUUGAUACACGCGAUGUAUCAUUAGUGCGCAAAUAUGUCAUUCGGCAAUUUACUAAAAUGUUAACUGGCAGAAUUUGUUUGCAAGAUGUAAUUUUCGCAAAAGAAUAUAGGGGCGCUGCAAAUUACCGACCGGGAGCUUGUGUUCCUGCUCUGGAAUUAACAAGAAAAUGGCUUGCAGUUGAUCGAAGAAGUGAACCAAGAUGUGGUGAACGCGUAGCAUAUGUAAUUGUUAGUGGUCCACCGGGAGUACCAUUAAUUAAAUUAGUAAGGAGUCCCAGAGAAUUACUAGCAGAUGGUAGCUUGCGACCAAAUAUGUUCUACUAUAUUACUCGUGUUAUUAUACCCCCUUUAAAUCGUUGCUUUACUUUGAUUGGAGUGGACAUUAACAAAUGGUUUAAUAGUAUGCCUCGCAAACAAGUUCAAAUCGGAUAUACGUCUCCUGACAGUAGAACAAGAAAAACUGCAAUAUCACAUUACUUCACAUCCACUGACUGUGUAAUAUGUAGUCAACAGGCUCAAGAAGGAAUUUGUGUAGAUUGUCAAAAUGCUCCCCAAGAAGCUAUGGCAACAUUACAGACAAAAGUCAGGUUAUGGGACCGUUCAUAUAAUGAAGCUAGUCUGAUUUGUUUUUCAUGUGAUGGUCAUUCCGAUAAAAGACCUUGUGUUUCAUUGGAUUGUCCCGUCAUGUACUACAUUAGGAAAAUUCAGCAAGAUAUUCAGCAAAUUCCAUACAUGCUUCAAAUUGCAUCAAAAAGUUUAAAUCUUGAAUUUUAAUGUGAAAGGAUGAUGCCUGGUGUAGAGGGUUUACAUGAUUGUCAUGAUUGAUCACCAGAUGGUAUUGAAACAAUAAUACUUACUGCUUUUCUUAUUGCGUGGCAAAACAUUUUAUCAAAUAAGAAAGAUAACUAAUAAUGAUGUAUUAUCAGAUAAUUCUUCUUAGCAUGCACUUGCUGUAAAUAAUGUAGCUGAUCAAGAAUUGUAUACUAAAGUUUUCACAUUAAACAUGCCAACCAUAUGAGCGUAAACUGCUAGGAUGUAGACAUUGCUAAAGAUAUUGAUACUACAGUGUACUACAACAUAAAAUCAAAUUUGUGUGUAACAAAUCAAAAGAUUUAUGGAUAGGUAUACAGGGUGUUCCUAAAUAUGAUGUACAUACGAAGCGGCUAAUUCUUUGUACUGCGCAUUGUACGUACAUUUUAAUCCUUUUCAUUUAUACAAGCUACAAUUUCAAAUGCAAACUGUCAUAAUCGAGGUAUUAAACUAAUAAAAUCAAAGAUUAUUCAAAUAAAGCAUGGGUCUACUGGGUCAUUUUAAAAAUAUCAAAUAAAAGAGAUCACACAGUUUUUAAACAAAACAAACUUAAUUUCUGUUUCUAUCAGUGGUGCACCGAAGAAAAUUCAGGGAUAGAAAAUGGACCAUGACCCUUGAAAAAAUAUCACCCUGUAGUUUCUCACUACCUUUGAUAUAACCAAUGAUGUAAACUCUUCAAUGUAACUUAUAUUUCAAAUUUGAGCUAAAUAUGUCAUAAACUGCAGGAGAUGUAUAACACCUUGUAGAUUGGUAAUGAAGCGUUUGCAGACCUAUGUUGAUAUGAACUUUUAGGUCUUUUAGUCAUAAAAUAAGCCAAGGAUUAGCUCCUUCUACAGGGUUACCCAACAUUCGUCGCAGCAUACGAAAACGCCGUUAGCUGCGUGCAAAUAUGAAUUACAAUACGGCGUACACUUAUAUAGUAAUGCAGGUUUCGACGCAGCAUUGGUCCACGAGUUGGCGAUGGUACUAGGAUUCGUCACUACUUGUCAUUACUCAUCGGAUAAUUCCUGUCACAAUUUUGACGCUCACCAUGCAUGAACCCUCUCGAUUUCUUCUACUGGGGUCACCUGGAUUCCAUUUAUGCACGUGGACCGUUUCCGAACACUGUUGCUUUGGAAGAUGCCAUCCGUGAAUGUUCUACGGGUAUCACUCAUACCCAACUCAUGUCUGUGACUGCAGAAUUUGAAAACCGAUUGCAUUACACAAUUGCUACUGGCGGGUACUUAUUUGAACACUUACUAUAAGGGCAGAUGCGACGCAAUUUAUUUUCUUAGACUGCUCUGUUCUUUUUUUGUGUGUUACCGCAGGCUGUUUCUUUUUUAAUGUAACCUAAGGCUGUAUUUUUUUCUUUCGUUAUGUUUCCUUGUGCUCAUCCUGCAUGAUCACUUUCCUUUUCCAUGGAAUUUCUAACGUGUCGGCCGAUGCUGCGUCGAAACCUGCAUUACUAUAUAAGUGUACGCCGUAUUGUAAUUCAUAUUUGCACGCAGCUAACGGCAUUUUAGUAUGCUGCGGCGAAUGUCGGGUAACCCUGUGUAUGUACUACAUUAUAUUUAGGAACACCCUGCAUAUUUCUUGUACCAUACAUUUUAUAGUCUUAGAUAUCAUAGGGAUGCGAUGGUUAUGCUUAUGAAUAUGUGGAAAUACAAUAGAAUUACGUCACGUAUAAGCGCGUUUAUUUAUUCAUUAACUAGGUAAUGAUAUACUCCCUCGUUUUGCCCUUCAAUUUCACUGUAAAUUAAUCUUUAAUCACUAUUUCUACUGUAAUGAAUGAAUAAAUGAAUUCGCUUAUGCGGUGAUCAAUGAAAGUUGAAAAUACAAACAAUGUUAGCCACGGACAUUGUAUUUUCAAUUGUUUUUUCAAAGUACUGUGAUAUAGUAGUUUCAAAUUUUACAUGGACAUUAAUGCUGUGAUGUUACUAUUAAAUAGUAAAGAGUGAUUCAAGAGAUUCAGCGUUAUAGUUGGUGGUGGUAAGGUGUUUAUUGUGAAUGUACACUUUUCAGACGGACAUGUCAAUUUAUUUCAAGUUGCAAAUUGUCAGUUACAUGUUCACAAGAGUUUUCCAUUGCCAACUAUGACGCCGAAUUUUUUGAAUUGCUUGUUAUAAUGAAUUCAAUAAAUGAUAACCUUUUA